AUGGUUAAUCGUGAUGCUGGUAGUGAACCAAUCUUGAUUCCUCGUUCGAAACUCAAUACACAUCUACCACUUUUGAUCAAAGCAACAAAAGCAAAUGUUUUAUUAACACCAAAUCGAAUCAUCAAAUGCAUAGAUAAACAAACAUAUAAGUAUUGUACAAUUGCAUCGUCUCUUUCUUCACCCGUGGUUUUUGCUCUCGAUGAACUUAAUGAUACAGAAAUCAACGCAAAAGAAAAAGAAUUAUUUGAUCGACUCGAACAAGAAAAUCAAAAAGCAUUGGAGAUUGCUAAUCAAUUAUGUGAAGAAGAAGAUAAUCUUUCGAUAAAACAAAAAACAAAACAAAAAAAGUUUGAAGAAAAACAAACAGAUGUCGAACAAUGUAAGUAA